GCACAUGUGAGAACAGCAUCGAGAAAAACCCUAGAUUUACUUUAGAUAAACUGUCGACGUGAAGGACGGCAUCGAAGAAUGAAUGAACCUGGACAUUAUCCUUCACCGGACUUCGGCUGUCCUCCCCCCAACACCAUUCAGCCCUUCCAGCAGCACCAAAAGCACCAGCAGCAGCAGCCCAGCUCCAGCAGCUUCCACCCCAACAUGUGGAGCUGGUGCGAGACGCCCUCCGAGCCCAGCUGGGACUACAGAGCCCAGGCUGGCUGGCAUCACGGGGCAGCGCCAGCGUUUGGUUUCCCUCCAGGUCGUGGAAACCAUGGACCUAAACGUCCAUACGGUCAAAACUUUGGUCGUGAAUGGCAUCAAGGUGGGAGACAGAAUCACGGGCCCCUCAGCAACCAUGGCAAAAAGCAGAGAAAUAAGAAAGAACCAGAGUAUUCCCAUUAUUGUGACACUUGUGACCGGGGUUUCAAAAACCAGGAGAAGUAUGAUGAGCAUGUGUCUCAACAUGUCAAGUGCUCUGUGCCUGACUGCAGCUUCACAGCUCAUGAAAAAAUAGUCAGCAUCCACUGGAAAAAUAACCAUGCACCAGGAGCAAAAAGAAUCAAGCUGGACACACCGGAUGAGAUUGCAAAAUGGAGAGAGGAGAGGCGCAAGAACUAUCCGACACUUCAGAAUAUCGAAAAGAAGAGAAAAGUGAUGGAGGUGCGGGAGGAGACGGGCGGCGUUCUAGAGACAGCUCAGUUUGGACGAAUGAGAGGCAGAGGACGAGGACGAGGACGGGGACGGGGUCGAGGUCGCGGUUGGGGGAACAGAGGGUUCCAGGAUCGACACUCUCGAGGACCAAACUCAUUGGACAGCAGCGCUACACAGAGACCUCCACCACUCUCCCAGACCUGCAGGGACGUGGAUCCACUGGGAGCGCUGGCCAGCAGCGACCACGAUUCUGACAGAGAGGAUGCAGCUGCUCAGUCCAAGUCCGGUGGCCUGGUUGUGGCUCCUAAACAGAUGAGCUCAGCUCUGGGCUCCUUGGUGGCAAACUACGGCUCUAUGAGUGAGAGUGACGAAGAACCAGAGACCAUCUCUAUUCAGAAAGCCAAAGACCUUGUGCAAGAAAACCAGGUUCUCCUACAUACAAUACCACCCAACUCCCAGAAUGGAAGAGGCAUGGAAAUCUCUUCACGGGGACCAGAAACAAACAAAGCCCACCAGACUGACUCUGCCUCUUACACACCUAACAACAGAAGAGGAAGAGGGGGAAGAGGAGGCAGAGGAGGAAGAGGAGGAAGGGGUGGCAAACACCAGCAUACGCUCCAGAAACAUUCUCCUACUCUACUUGAGAUGUUACUUGCCCCAGAUGUCCGCCAUGAGAGGAAUGUCCUCCUGCAGUGUGUGCGCUAUGUUGUCCGCAACAACUUCUUUGGUCUGGAGAGCAGACCUCAGCUCCAGGAGGGGAUCAGGGCUACGCCAGCUAUCACAAGUGGAGAAUGUGAAGAGAGGCAGAAAAGGCCAUCAGAGCAAGAGUCUGCCUCUAAGGUUGAUGGAGAGAGAAGUUCAGCUCAAAGUGUCACAGCAGCAGAACGUGGCAAUCGGGAGGAUUUAGAAACAACUAAAGCUGCAGCAAUUAACCAGCAUUUGCCACAAAACUGUCAUGGCCAGGGUUUACAUACUGAACAAGCUUUCUCAGAACAAUCUGAGGAUCCUCGUGUGGACUCAGCGAGUGGUGAGCAGGUGGCAGGGGAUUUCGUCCAAAAUGGUGAGGAGACAACUGCCAGCGACUGCCGCAGCCUUGAUUUGAAAGUCGCAGAUAAAAUCACAGCUACCUCUAAUGUGUAUGAUGAUGAAAUAUGGGAGAGCCCUGGUGCUGAUCUGUGAAAUCCUUGCAAAUUACUAUAAUGGAUUAAUCUCCUGCUAUAAAACACAAAACUAAAAUAUUCCUGUCAUUCAAAUUUUAUGUUAAUAUCCUUCUAUCCACAGAAAUUCUGGGGAUUUUUUUGUUUUCUUUUUUUUUUUAAGGAAUGUCUUUUUAUGUGACAUAA